AUGUUGGAGAAUUACUCUAGUGCUGUUGACUUUUAUCUCCUUGGCUUCCCUGGCUCUAAAGAACUCCAUAGUAUUCUUUUUGCCACCUUCUUCUUCCUCUACUCGGUGACAUUAUUUGGAAACAUGAUCAUUAUCUUGACAGUCUGUGUGGAUAAACGUCUGCAGUCCCCCAUGUAUUUCUUCCUGGGUCACCUCUCUGUGCUAGAGAUCCUGAUCACAUCCGUGGCCGUCCCCCUGAUGCUGCGGGGCUUGCUGCUUCCUGGGAUGCAGGCGGUAUCCUUGACCGCAUGUGCCGUACAGCUGUAUCUGUACCUCUCUUUGGGGACGUCGGAGUUGGUGUUGAUGGGAGCGAUGGCUGUGGACCGUUACGUGGCUGUCUGUAACCCUUUGAGGUACAGCAUCAUUAUGAGCAGCCACACCUGUACCUGGGUGGUAGUUGUGUCCUGGGUGUUUGGGUUCCUAUUUCAAAUCUGGCCAGUCUAUGCCACGUUUCACCUUACCUUCUGCAAAUCAAAUGUGUUGGACCAUUUUUACUGUGACCGAGGGCAGCUAUUCAGACUCUCUUGUGAUGACAGCCGUUUCACAGAGUUUAUACUUUUUCUAAUGGCUGUUUUCAUUAUUGUUGGUUCUUUGAUCCCCACAAUUGUCUCCUAUACCUACAUCGUCUCCACCGUCCUAAGGAUCCCCUCGGCUUCGGGCCGGAGGAAAGCCUUCUCUACCUGUGCCUCCCACUUCACCUUUGUCGUGAUUGCCUACGGCAGCUGCUUGUUCCUCUACGUGAAACCCAAGCAAACUCAGGCAGCCGAGUACAACAGGGUCGCGUCCCUGAUGGUUUUAGUGGUGACCCCUUUUCUGAACCCUUUUAUCUUCACCCUCCGGAACGACCAAUUCGUAGAGGCUUUUAGAGAUGUCCUGAAACGCUGCUGUCAACUCCUCAAGGAUUAGCUCUGUCCUAAGGACCAUCGCGGCCUCAUCGU